CCGUAAUGCUAGCUUUAACAUGCGUGCAUACUCUAUCUGUUUGCUUUCUAGGAAGAAAUGUGCGGCUGUGUGACAGACACGUGGGUCAGACACUGACACGACACAGACUCUUGUCUGUUGUCGUGUGUAUUUGUGUUUAUAUGCAGCGAGCCAGAGGCAUGUGGUAGUCAAGUGGGAAUAGCAUGGACUGGUGACUCUGUGGGGAAACUUUACGACACGACUCCAACACCACAGCAGGCACAUGCAUGCUGAGGCUUAGUCAACCUGGAUUUCUCAGUGCAAUAGUGAGAAAACCACAAGAGUCAUGCCUUCACACCGCAGGGGAAGAAGCCUCUCUGAAGCCCUGACCUUGGAGCAGUUAGAGGAGGGAGGGGUGGUCAUUUCCAGUAUCAAUAAUGUCUCUUCCGGCAAAGGACUAAAGGAAGGGGAUGAAAUUCUGGGGGCAACAAUCAAUUUUGAUCAACUGUCCAAAGAAGAGGUGUCAAAAGUACUGAAGCUGAUGGAGCCAUUUGAUGAUAAAGUUCAAGUCCUCACUCGAAGCAACCGGAGCAAGAGCCUUGACAAUCUGGACCAGUGUACCAAGGGUCCUGGGGCUAUGCUGACGGAUUCCUACAACAAACUGUACAACACCAAAAUCAAGAAGUUUUUGAUGGAUGAUGUACCCAGUGUUGAAGGGGGCUACGUGAAUGGGGAGUUUACUGCCAAACCACCUGUACAAAGCUCAUCCAAGGUCAACCAAAGAAAUGACAUGGGGCUGCCUCGCCUUGGAGUUGACUUUGGACUUCUGAAAUCCAAGACUUUAAUCACAGAUGCUAAUGCUGAUUCACACUCUUAUGAGGGAAGCUUAACAGAUGGCAGCAAUCUGAAUCUUCCACCGCUAGGUCUUGGCUUGAAUGGGACUAAUCUAAGUGAAGCUCAGGUUCCAAGAUUCAAAAUCGGUGCCAGAUGUCCAGAUCUAGACUUACCAGAAGACCCAAAUGUCAGCACUACAUCUUGUAUGCAAUUGCAAAAUACUGACCACCCAUCAUUUGACAAUGCAAUGCGAAAUCUUGAAAAUCCUCAAAUUGGACUUGAAGUUCCAGAAGUAGAUGUAGGCCUAAAAGGUUCAAACAUUACUACCCCUGAAAUGGGGAUAGACCUUGAUGGCAGAAGUUUCUGUGGUCCAUCUGUUAAUUCCAGCGUUCCCAAAGUGGCCAUUGAAGGAAGAAACCAGGAAUUCAAAAUGCCUACAUUUAAACUGCCAGAUCUGGGCCUCUCAGGAACUUCUUUUAGUGGUCCAGAAUGUGACGUUAAGCAUGAAGGCACACCAGGGAAACUCAGUCUAAAGUAUUCCAAGAGACUGAAAAACCCAGAUCUAAAUUUGGACGAUUCUUCCAGUUAUGUAAAAUCACCCCAGCUUAGGCUGUCUGGGAUAUCACCUGAUUCAGAGCAAGGAAUGUUGGGUAUUAAUGUAUCAAAACCAGAUAUCAGUGGAACAGACACUGACAUGCCUUUAGGUGAAAUCAAGAUGUCACACAAGAAACCAAGGAUUUCUCUUAAAUCUCCUGAUUUAGAUUUGGACGCUCAAUCUGGCAUGCUCAAAAGUGACACUGAUGUUAAAACACCUGACCUAAGAUUGAAAACAUCAAAACUAAAAGGUGGCAUGUCUGCACCUGAUGCAAACAUUCCCAAAGCUGACCUUAAGGGUGAAAAUUGGGCCACUGAUGCUCCAUCAGUUAGUAUUAAAGGUCCAUCUGGAAAAUACAGGGCUCCAACGUUUAGAAUGCCCAAAUUUGACUUACCAGUCAUUCAGGUUCCUGGUUUGAAUGGAGACUUGGAUGGACUCGAUGGACAGCUUUCAGGUACACUGCCUAGAGGGUCAAAUUUAAAACUAAAUGCACCUGACAUAAAUGUGCCAAAUGUUGACCUCAAAGCACAAAAACUAAAAAUUAAUGCACCAAAAGCUAACUUAGACUUUCCAUCAGGCGAUCUCAAAAUGCCAGAACUUCAUGGUCCAGAUUGGGAUGUUAAUGCUCCUUCUGGGAAAUUAAAAAUGCCUAAAUUUAAUCUGUCAGGGACACUGCCUAAAGGACCAAAUUUAGACCUGAACGCAGAUCUGAAUUCCCCAGAUCUUAAUCCAAGAGCUCCAAAGAUAAAGGGUGGAAUUGAUGCACCUGAUAUGGACUUACCAGACAUGGAUCUUAAAGCUCCCAAAUUAGAUAUGAACACUCCAGAAGUCAACAUUGGCUCACCAAAAGGGAAGCUGAAAUUCCCCAAAAUGAAAAUGCCUAAAUUCAACCUUCCAAGCCUUAAAGGUCCUGAAAUUGAUGGCAACUUGGAAGGUCCAAACAUAAAUACACCCAAUGUCAACCUCAAAGGUCCUAAAGCGGAUCUUGAUCUAGAUAUUUCUGGUCCAUCUGGCAAGUUUAAAAAGCCAAACCUGAAUCUGCCUGAUUUAGGUCUUUCUGGUCCAAAGUUAGAAGGCCCUAACUUGGACCUUAAAACACCUGACUUAGAUAUCUCUGGUCCCAAUUUCAGUGGUGGAAUAAAUGCACCUGACAUAAACAUGCCAAACAUUGACCUCAAAGCCCCAAAGCUGAAAAUGGAUAAACCAAAUGCCAACUUGGACUUGCCAUCAGGCAAAGUUAAAAUGCCUAAACUUGAUGGUCCAGAUUGGGAUGUUAAUGCUCCUUCUGGGAAAUUAAAAAUGCCUAAAUUUAAUCUGUCAGGGACACUGCCUAAAGGACCAAAUUUGGACCUAAACACAGAUCUGAAGUCACCAGAUCUCAAUCUAAAAGCUCCAAAGAUAAAGGGUGGAAUUGAUGCACCAGAUAUGGACUUAUCAGGCAUGGAUCUUAAAGCUCCCAAAUUAGAUAUGAACCCUCCAGAUGUCAACAUUGGCUCGCCAAAAGGGAAGCUGAAAUUCCCCAAAAUGAAAAUGCCUAAAUUCAACCUUCCAAGCCUUAAAGGUCCUGAAAUUGAUGGCAACUUGGAAGGUCCAAACAUAAAUACACCCAAUGUCAACCUCAAAGGUCCUAAAGCGGAUCUUGAUCUAGAUAUUUCUGGUCCAUCUGGCAAGUUUAAAAAGCCAAACCUGAAUCUGCCUGAUUUAGGUCUUUCUGGUCCAAAGUUAGAAGGCCCUAACUUGGACCUUAAAACACCUGACCUUGAUAUCUCUGGUCCCAAUUUCAGUGGUGGAAUAAAUGCACCUGACAUAAACAUGCCAAACAUUGACCUCAAAGCCCCAAAGCUGAAAAUGGAUAAACCAAAUGCCAACUGGGACUUGCCAUCGGGUAAAGUUAAAAUGCCAAAACUUGAUGGUCCAGAUUGGGAUGUUAAUGCUCCUUCUGGGAAAUUAAAAAUGCCUAAAUUUAAUCUGUCAGGGACACUGCCUAAAGGACCAAAUUUGGACCUAAACACAGAUCUGAAGUCACCAGAUCUCAAUCUAAAAGCUCCAAAGAUAAAGGGUGGAAUUGAUGCACCUGAUAUGGACUUACAGACGUGGAUCUUAAAGCUCCCAAAUUAG